AUGUCUCACGCGGAUGCUCUCUUCCACAGGGGCAGACAAUCUACAGAUACAUGUCACUCCAACCUCAGAGUCCAUUCCUCUCGGGAAAUUGUUUCCAAUUUCACCAACAUGGCCUUUUUUGGAAGUCAAGUCUUCCUCAGCAGCAGAUAAAAUCAAGAAUGUUCUGGGACAGCCUCCUGACAAUACAAGCUUGCUGCAGCUAUCCCAGACACCUCUUCCCAAGGCACGCCACAAGACCGGGGCUCGUGUGGACUUCUCUUCGUCCCUUUACCAAGGAAGUGGACACAGCGCCUCCCCGGAUCUUGCUAAGGACUCCAUUGAGACUAUGGUCCACCCCAGGCCUGGAGGGGAAAGAGAAGCAACAGCCAUGUCAGUGGAAACCUCAGUGUCACCCAAGGGAGAACUGACAGCAACAGCUGCAGCCGCUGCCACCACCACACUGUUUCUGAGGAAGUCCAGCCCAGCCGCGUUGUCUGCAGCCCUCACUGCUAAGGGCACUGGCAGCAGUGGCAGUUUAGCCAAGAGUGGUCUGACCACAGCGCUAGCUAAAAAUGUCACCAGCAAGGCAGCGUCCAGCCCAAAGGUGACAGCAGGGACAGUCCACACUGCCUUCCCAUUCACACCCACCUACAUGCUUGCCCGGACAGCACACAGCGUGAACACACAUACAGCCACACAAGGGGCCACGGUCUCUGCUUCGGGCCUGUUGUCCACAACACACCUCCCCAAGAAACCACAAGCCAUGCACACUGGCCUCCCCAAUCCCACCAGGCCAGACACACCCAGAGCAUCCACCGCCCGUCCGCUGACCAUCACUGCUGCACUGACAUCCGUUACAGCAUCAGUAAAGGCCACGAGACUGCCAUCUCUGCAGACAGGGAACACGGAUGCUGCUUUUCCAGCUCUGUCUACUGCGGUAGUCACAACUGGCAGGAUGGCGUCCAGUUUGGACUGUCAGAUGUCCCACAGGCUCCUAGUGAAGACAGUUUUCUUCCUAACUCAGAGGAGAGUGCAGAGCAGCGAAUCCUUGAAGCUUGGUGUAACCAAAGGGCUCACGCAGGCCUUGCGGAAGGCUUUCCACCAGAAUGAUGUCUCGGCUCACGUGGACAUCCUGGAAUAUUCUCAUAACGUCACCGUUGGCUACUAUGCUACCAAAGGCAGGCUGGUGUACUUGCCUGCUGUGGUGAUGGACAUGCUGGGUGUGUAUGGAGUCAGCAACGUCACUGCCGACCUGAAGCAACACACUCCCUCCUUACAGUCUGUGGCGGUGCUUGCCUCCCCAUGGAAGCCCCAGCCUGCAGGUGCCUUCCAGCUAAAGACAGUGUUGCAGUUUGUAAGCCAGUCGGACAACAUUCAGUCCUGCAAGUUUGCCCAGACGAUGGAGCAGAGGCUGCAGAAGGCAUUCCAGGAUGCAGAGAGGAAAGUCCUUAACAGCAGGAGCAACCUGACGCUUCAGAUCGUGAGCACGUCCAAUGCCUCCCAAGCCGUCACCCUGGUGUACGCUGUGGGCAAUCAGAGCUCCUUCCUCAACGGCACCGUGGCCAGCAGCCUCCUUAGCCAGCUCUCUGCGGAGCUGGUAGGGUUCUACCUCACUUACCCUCCGCUCACCAUCGCUGAACCACUGGAAUAUCCCAACCUUGAUAUCUCAGAAACAACCAGAGACUACUGGGUCAUCACAGUGCUCCAAGGCGUAGACAACUCGCUGGUAGGCCUGCACAACCAGAGCUUCGCCCGGGUCAUGGAGCAGCGUCUAGCCCAACUCUUCAUGAUGUCCCAGCAACAGAGUCGGCGGUUUAAACGGGCCACCACCUUGGGAAGCUAUACUGUGCAGAUGGUGAAGAUGCAGCGAGUGCCAGGACCAAAGGACCCAGCAGAGCUGACGUACUACACCCUGUACAACGGGAAGCCACUGCUGGGGACUGCAGCAGCCAAGAUCCUGAGCACCAUCGACUCCCAGAGAAUGGCCUUGACCCUGCACCACGUUGUCCUUCUGCAGGCUGACCCCGUGGUGAAGAAUCCACCCAACAACCUGUGGAUCAUCGCCGCGGUGCUGGCCCCCAUCGCCGUGGUCACGGUUAUCAUAAUUAUCAUCACCGCUGUACUCUGUAGGAAGAACAAGAAUGACUUCAAGCCAGACACCAUGAUAAACCUGCCUCAGAGAGCAAAGCCCGUGCAAGGCUUUGACUACGCCAAGCAGCAUCUGGGCCAGCAAGGGGCAGACGAGGAGGUCAUCCCUGUGACUCAGGAAACGGUGGUCCUCCCCAUACCUGUCAGAGAUACUCCUCAGGAGAGAGAAACAGCCCAGGAGGGAAGCACCAUCAAGACGGCUAAGUCCACGGAAACCAGAAAGAGCAGGUCGCCCAGUGAGAAUGGUUCUGUCAUCAGCAACGAAUCAGGGAAGCCCAGCUCAGGGAGGCGCUCACCCCAGAACGGAAUGACACAGCAGAAAGUGACAAAGGAGGAGACCAGGAAGAGAAAUGUGACAGCAAGUGAUGAAGAGGAGGGAGCGGGUCUCUUCGACAGUGCCGGCAAGGCACCGGCAGAUCCCUUUGACACGUCCUCUGGAUCCGUACAGCUCAUUGCCAUCAAACCAUCCGCUCUGCCCGUAGUGCAGAGCUCAGACAGGGGCCAGGAGUCCUCGGCGGCACUCAAUGGUGAGGUGAACAAGGCUCUGAAGCAGAAAUCAGACAUCGAGCAUUACCGGAACAAACUGCGCCUGAAAGCUAAGAGAAAGGGGUAUUACGACUUCCCCGCCGUGGAAACAAGCAAAGGCCUGACAGAAAGGAAGAAGAUGUAUGAGAAAGCUCCAAAGGAAGUGGAGCAUGUUUUGGACCCAGACCCAGAAGUGUGUCCUCCCUUCGCAGAGUCUAAAAACAGGCAACAGAUGAAGAACUCUGUCUACCGAAGCCGGCAGUCUCUGAACAGCCCAAGUCCAGGGGAAACCGAGAUGGACCUUCUGGUCACACGGGAGCGACCCCGGCGUGGCAUCCGGAACAGUGGGUAUGAUACUGAGCCCGAGAUCAUAGAGGAAACCAAUGUCGACAGAGUCCAUGAGCCCCGGGGCUACGGCAGGGCGCGGCAGGUGAAGGGCCACUCAGAGACCUCCACGCUGAGCUCGCAGCCUUCCAUCGACGAAGUCCGGCAACAGAUGCACAUGCUUCUGGAGGAGGCCUUCAGCCUGGCAUCCGCCGGCCACGCGGGCCAAAGCCGGCACCCGGAGGCCUACGGCUCUACGCAGCACCUGCCAUACUCAGAGGUGGUGACCAGCGCUCCAGGGACUAUGACCCGGCCCAGGGCUGGAGUGCAGUGGGUGCCCACCUACCGCCCAGAAAUGUACCAAUACAGUCUGCCCCGGCCGGCUUACAGGUUUUCCCAGCUUCCCGAAAUGGUCAUGGGCUCUCCCCCGCCACCCGUACCUCCCAGGACAGGUCCUGUGGCUGUGACUUCCCUCAGGCGGUCCACCUCCGAUAUCGGCAGCAAGACCCGAAUGGCAGAGUCCGCAGGACCCGAGCCCGCCCAGUUGCAUGACAGUGCCUCGUUUGCCCAAGUGUCCAGAGGUCCUGUGUCAGUGACGCAGUUGGAUCAGUCGGCUUUGAACUACUCAGGUAACACAGUGCCAGCGGUGUUUGCCAUCCCAGCUGCCAACAGACCUGGCUUCACCGGCUACUUCAUCCCAACACCUCCCUCCUCCUACAGGAGCCAGGCCUGGAUGUCCUAUGCAGGAGAGAAUGAGCUCCCAAGCCAGUGGGCUGAUUCGGUCCCUCUUCCUGGGUACAUCGAGGCCUAUCCCCGGUCACGUUAUCAACAGAGCUCCCCCUCCAGGCUCCCUCGCCAGUAUAGCCAACCAACCAAUCUUCACCCAAGCCUAGAGCAGGCCCCAGUCCCCUCCACAGCGGCCUCCCAGCAGAGCCUGACAGAAAAUGAGCCUCCAGAUACUCCGUUGACCAACAUUUCCACUGCAGCCCUCGUGAAGGCCAUCCGGGAGGAAGUGGCCAAGCUGGCCAAGAAGCAGACAGACAUGUUUGAGUUCCAGGUCUAAUGCCUCAGCCCUGAGGGAAUCUGCACUUGAAGACCGUGAGGCAACAAACAGGCUUUGGGUUCCUCUCCACUAACGUGUGGGGUCUCCAGACAAUGCAUGGGUCUUUCUCAUCCUCAGAUUCCAAAACCGUCAACAGUGAGGCUGCGGGGAAACAGAAAACUUGUGAACAACUGGAUUCUGACUCCUGCGGCCAACUGUGGUUCAGCAAGUCCCUAGCUGGGACCCUGUAUUUGAUGUUCUGUUGGGCUGUAUGUUUGAACUGUGGGUGGGAAUUUCCUGGAGGAGCCCUAGUCGUGAGAGGCCCUAGCUAGCCUGCAGGUUCCUAUCCAGUGUCCCAUUUUAGUAAACCGCCAGAAGGGAGAGACUGCCUCUCUGUCUUCAGCGGCCUCUGCAUGUUCUCUUUCUGUGUUAAAGGCAACACGGGAGUGUGAUUAACCACCAGACUGUACUCUCUCAUUGAGCCAUGACCGUGACCGCUUUCAAAAUCACCUCUAGUCUGUAAGGGAAAUACUGACUCUCCAGCCAAGAAACUUGAGUCUCUUUGCUGUUCAAGGCUCAUGUUCAAAGUCAAAUGAACUGGAUGGAAAUCAGUUCCAGUGGCUAUGCCUAUAAAUAGUCCUUUCUGCCCCCCAAAACACAUACCUGCUAAUUAAAGGCCAAGAGAGAGAGAGAUGAUGAGCCAGAAUGGUGGACUUGUGUGGACAGACUGUUUAAAAGGUGCUGUCAUUUUGGAAAUAACGUCUCCUGCAAAUUGGGAUCCAAAUGAAAGGGAAUCGGUGCUAAGAGGCUUGGGAGCCUGUAAAAGAGAAGCAGUUAUUUGUGGAGGUUUUUCUUUGUAUUGAAGAUGGCCCGAGAACCCGGCCGUCCUGGGGAAAUAAUAGAUACAACAACCUUAACAAGAUCUGUCUCCUCCAUAGUGGAGUCAAGCACAUGCUGCCAGCGGUACAAAGGGAACCAUGAUUGAUUACGGUAGAGACGGGAAAGAUGGAUCCACGGUCACCCCACCCUGCAACCUCUGCUUCUAGAAGCUUGUAAAUGUAGAAAAUCUGAUUUGAGAUGAAAUGCAAAACAUCUUUUUAAAAGUCUGGAGCUCACCAGUCCUCCGUGGUGGAUGAACGCAGGAGGAUGUUUGCUGAGAUGGCAGGAUGCUACCGUGGGAUGGUGCUGUCCCAUGCUACUCUCCAUGGCUUGACACAUCAGCCUACAGGGUCCUGGGUGGAAACACUGCCUUGCAGCUUUGGGGUACACUGGUGACUCCUCUGUGCAAAUAAGACUGAUUUGGGGUACCAGAGGAAAAGGGAACCCUGAGUUUCCUCCCCAAUUUUGGGAGUCAUGUAUGGUGUCAGGGGGCUUAUUGGGUGUCUUUUGAAGAAUAUGGUCCCAUCCUGCCUUCACCCAUGACCCAUCUCGCUUCAGUGUACCUCCGCCCCUCUGAACCCAUCUAUCCAUUGUCUUCAUGAGUUUCUUUGGUCUUUACUGAAAGGAGGUUGAGAGAAGAGUAGGAUUGGAACUGAUUAGACUGGGGGACUCAAACUGUCAAAGCACAGACUUUCCCAAGAAGCUCUUUUUAUUUCCCUUUGGCAAACUGUCCUUUCUGGAACGUUCCGAGAUCUGUCAUGGGAUCCCCAAGACAAGUCUCUUGUGGGGGUGACAUUAGGUAGUAUCCUUUUAGUAUGCCGGUUGAUCUUUCAUAGUGUUAGUUUUUUGUUACUUAAUACGAAAUCAGCUAUAAAUAAAAAUGUAUUUUUGUAA